CGGGCCGCGCAUGCUCACCGGCUGGGAAGAAAAUGGCCGGUGAGACUGUUGUUCCGGGUUUCGCGUUGGGCGUCCUGCCGGGCGGCCUAGAGGGUAGACCGUCGACCUUCGGGGAGCCCUGCUUGGGGUAACAUCCUGAAGAGUGAUGUUUCCUUUAAAAAAAAGAUUUUUGGACAGAACAAAUUUAUGGAUGACUUCAUUAUUUAUAAGUAAUGUCAGUUCGGUUGUCUUUAGAUGCCUAUCUGUACUUAGUAGCUAGUUCAAAAAGCCUUUGUAAACAAAAGACCAGACAACUGUAUUACUUGUACAGACCUAAGCUUUUUUGGAGUAUAACCCAAGCUAUUCCUUUUAGACUUUUUCACACAAGCAAACCAUAUUAUAAAUGGGGAGGAGGCAAAGCACUAUGGUAUAACAAGCAUCUCUGUUAUCAUGACUCCUUGCAUUACAGAGCUUCUAAACUUAGUACUUCUAAGGAAUUGACAAAAACAAGCAGUCGCAUGUCACGAUUUAAGAACACUUUAGAAUCUGUUUCAAAAGCUGUGUCUGGAACUCACAGUGAACUGAUUUCACGGAUAGCUCGGCUUAAGCCACAUUCUGGUAUACUGAAUAGAUCGGCUGAAAAUAAUGGCCAAGAAAAUAGUUUUCAUACGAACCCAGAAAAUGUCAGACAAGCUGCAAACAACAGAAGUCAGAAAGACUGCAAUGAUAGCAUAGACGGUAAGAAGCUUGUGCCUGCAAGUGAAGACUUGGAUCCCAGUAGUACUAAUUGUGGUUCAUUGAAAGAUCUUGCAGAUUUCAAAAAUAGCCUUUUUCAUGUUAGCUAUUUUGCUACAAACUUUGGAGAAACAUACAACUUUCUAGCGAAUCACAUCAAUUGGUACUUUAGCACUCGUGGUAUGGCUCAAGAGAAAAAGGGGAAUAGUUCCCCUCCUAAAUCACAGACUCAGGAGGGGAAGACACCUGAUACACCAGAAGAUGACAUAUUAAGUAAUGAAAACAGAAUGAAUGCAGUAUCUGCCUUAAUACCUGCAGCACAGUCUCCAGACUCUGCAAAGGCCAGUGCUACCGCUCCAGCUUCCAGCAAAAAGGGUAUUGCAAGUUUUCUUUCUUACCCAAGUAACAGUGUACAGGCCUUUGUGGAUAGUUACAUUGGAGGACUCGUCCCAAAGUUACGAUCUGAUCCAAAAACCGCUUUGCCAGAAAAAAGCAAAGUACAAGAAAGUGAGGAUAAGUUGAAAGAUGACGAGGAGGCUAAACGUGCGGAAGAGAAAGAGAGGAGACUGUCCCUUCAAAGGGAAAAGAUUAUUGCAAGGGUGAGUAUAGAUAACAGAACCCGGGCUUUAGUGCAAGCAUUACGGAGAUCAUCUAACAGAAGAGUCUGUAUCAACAGGGUUGAAGAACUGACAUACCAUCUCUUGGAAUUUCCAGAAAGUAGAGGAGUUGCUGUUAAGGAAAAAAGCAUUCCAUGCUUGUUGCGACUAAGGCAGGCAAAUGAUGAAGCUCUUCAGGCUGCUGUCAGGGAAGCAUUGGCUGUAAUUGGCUAUACAGACCCUGUAAAAGGGUGGGGCAUUCGAGUUCUCACUAUUGAUGGCGGGGGAACAAGGGGUUUAGUAGCACUUCAGACGCUUCGUAAGCUAGAAGAGCUCACCGGAAAGCCGGUUCAUCAUCUUUUUGACUAUAUUUGUGGAGUGAGUACAGGUGCUAUAUUGGCAUUUAUGUUGGGGUUAUUCCAUAUCCCUCUGGAUGAGUGUGAAGAACUUUAUCGUAAACUAGGAACUGAUGUGUUUAAGCAAAAUGUCAUUGUUGGGACAGUUAAAAUGGGCUGGAGCCAUGCGUUUUAUGACAGUGAAAUCUGGGAGAAGAUUCUUAUAGAGAGAAUGGGAUCAGAUGUUAUGAUUGAAACAGCCAGAAAUCCCAUAUGUCCUAAGGUGGCUGCAAUAAGCACCAUUGUAAGCAGAGGGACACCGUUGAAAGCCUAUGUAUUUAGAAAUUACAAUCACCUUCCCGGAGUCAAGUCUCACUAUCCUGGAAGUUGCCAAUAUAAAUUAUGGCAAGCUAUCAGAGCAUCAUCUGCUGCACCAGGUUACUUCCAGGAGUAUGCGCUGGGCCAUGACCUUCAUCAGGAUGGAGGCCUGCUUUUAAAUAAUCCUACAGCUUUAGCAGUGCACGAAUGCAAGUGUCUUUGGCCAAAUGUUCCACUGCAGUGUGUAAUAUCCCUGGGAACAGGUCGAUAUGAAAAUGAAGGGAAACCUAACGUCACCUAUACAAGUCUGAAAGCUAAAUUGACUAAUGUCAUCAGCAGUGCCACUGAUACUGAAGAAGUCCACACUAUGCUGGAUGCCUUUCUACCUUCAGACACCUACUUCAGAUUUAAUCCUCUGAUGAAUGAAGAUAUAGCUCUGGAUGAAAAUCGCAAGGAAAAGCUUAAUCAGUUGAGGACUGAUGGCAUCCGGUAUUUAGAAAGAAAUGAAGAAAAGCUGAAAAAAGCCGCUAAAAUAUUAGCCCAGGAGAAAUCAACUUUGCAGAAAUUUAACGACUGGAUAAGAUUAAAAUCUGACAUGUACGAAGGGCUUCCAGUUAUUUCCAAAUUGUGAAUAUGUGAAGUUUGUAAAGUCUCAGGUGUGGACCUUGUUUCAGAAAUCGGUUCUGUGCUAAAAGGGAUCAACAUUUAUUAGUCAUUAUGUAAUUACUUGUGAUUAUAAUGAACACGAUAGGCUGGGGGAAAGUACUUCGGUCAGCAGUGGCACACUAAUGGCACUUAAAGCAGACGGAAAAGUUGCCACAAUCUCUGAUUCUUUCCCCUCCUAUUCCCCCAAUCUGGAGCCCUGGGCUAGAUUGAAGGUAGAUUUCUGCAGGAUGCAGAUGAGGGUAAUGAUGCCCCUCGCACACCUUUUUGCAUUGGUGGAGGUGCAUCCUACUUACGCAGUGGAAUCUAAGGAUUCAUGUCUGGGUUUUUUUCAGUUUUUGAAGUGAAGAUUUUAUUGGAUAUCUGUUCCUAAACUUCCUCAGAAGUGCAAUUCUGGUAUGGCUUGGUUUUUUUUUAAUCUGACAUUUGAUAGGGUCUGCCUAAAUUUGUGACAAUUAUGGGACACAAAUUUUGUUAUGUGUUGGAAAUGCAGACCAAAAUCAUGUUGACAAAAACAAAAUGUGGUUUACCUGUUAACUAAAAAUGUUUUUGAUGUGAGAAUAGGAAACAAACCAACUGGGCAGCCUGCUCUACAAAGCACUUAUGCCAGAAUAAAUAAAACUACUCUGGUCAAAUAGAAAUUAUUGGAACUAAACUGUCUGAUAUCAGAUUGGAUUGCAAUGUAUUAUAAACCUGCAGUAUUCUACAGGUUCUUGGCACUGCCACUAAAUGCCAUCCCGUCUAUUUAAUGGCAAUUUAAUUGCCUUAUCACAAAGUCUGUGCAUGUUAACAAUUUUUUUUGUAUUUUAAAAUAAUGUUAAAAUGCUUUGUAUAUUGUGCAUUGGGUCUCAAUAGUUUAUCCAAUUUAUAUUAUCAGUAUUUGGCUGAUUACGGUAAGGUCUACAGUAGCAACCUACUUAGAUUUUUCAGAACUUUUAAGUUCAAAGAUUCUAUUCCAGAGUAAUUCCCUGUCUAAAAACAACACAAACUCAUGUCUUGAAAGUAAGGAAAUAAAUUUGUAACAUGA